GAUGUUGUGUGUUUCCCCACAGUUGCAUGGCAGAUCCAGAGAGCAGAGAUACACAAAGUUAGCCGACUGGGACUACAUAACAACAUGUGCUAAGCUGGCUAGCCCUGUCCCACUUUUUGGUAAUGGAGACAUUCUGUCCUAUGAGGAUGCCAUGAAAGUGAGGGAGACCGGCGUUUCUGGUAUUAUGAUUGCACGGGGAGCUCUCAUUAAGCCCUGGAUCUUCACGGAGAUCAAGGAGAGCAGACACUGGGACAUCUCGUCCAGCGAGCGAUUGGACAUCCUGAAGGAUUUCACCAACUUUGGUCUGGAGCACUGGGGCUCCGACACUCGAGGCGUGGAGAAGACACGCACCUUCCUGCUCGAGUGGCUCUCCUUCAUGUGCCGAUAUAUUCCAGUGGGCCUGUUGGAGCGAGUGCCUCAGAAGAUUAAUGAGAGACCUCCGUACUACAUGGGCAGAAACUAUUUGGAGACAUUAAUGGCCAGUCAAAACGUUGGGGACUGGAUCAGGAUAAGUGAAAUGCUGCUUGGACCCAUACCAAAGAAUUUCCAGUUCCUGCCCAAACAUAAAGCCAACUCCUACAAGUGAUUUUCUCUUUGUUCAACUAUUAAAAUCAUCAAGAUUUUUGUUUUGUUUUUUAUCAUGAGAACAAGCUCAAGAAGAGAAGAUAUUUUAUGUUUUAAAUGAUAAAGACUGUGGAGUAGUUUGUUUAUUUGAUCUAUGCUGCAGUAGAAAAUACAUGGGUGUUCAUGCAAUUGAGUGCAUUAAAUUUUUUUUUUUGCCAAAC